GUGAACGGAAGCGUUGACGUUGUUCGUAGAUUUGAAUGCGUCUGCUGCACCGAUUCAUUUAAGCCCGAAGAGGUCCUGCGCGCUCCCUGUCAGCACUAUUACUGCAGGACCUGCGUCACCUCGCUAGUCAAAGCAUGCACGAAGGACGAAUCGCUCUUCCCCAUAAAAUGUUGCAAGAAACCCAUCACAGCAACCUCUCUCCGAAGUCAUCUCGAAAGCGACGACCUUCGCGACCUCUUCUCCCUAAAAAUAAUCGAGUACAACACACCCGCGACUCGGCGCGUGUACUGCCCAAAGACACGGUGUUCCACAUUCAUGGGAUCCCUCCCCAGCUCGUCAACGAGGGAAAUGACGUGUCAGAAAUGUCACGCGCAAGCGUGUGGGAUUUGUCGUGGGACCGCGCAUGUGGGUAAAGACUGCCCGCAGGAUAAAGGGUGCUUGGAGGUGAGGGAGAUGGCGAAGAGGGUGGGGUGGCAGACAUGUCCGAAGUGUAUGGCGGUUAUUCAGAGGGUUUGGGGGUGUAAUAGUAUGGUGUGCAAGUGCGGGACGAAUUUUUGCUAUGGGUGUGGGGCGACGAUGCUGGUUUGUAAAGGGUCUUGUGCGAAAUCUGCUGCUUAUUAG